UGUUCAAAAUGAUGGAUUCUGUAGAAUACGAACUGAUUUCAGACACAGAAAGUGUAGAUGAUGACCAACAACAAAUUUGCACAACCAGCUACGAUUUAGAAUCUAACGGUAGAAAGAAAUCACGGAAUCCGUAUAAGUGCAACAAAUGCAAAUUUUCCAGCAACGAAGAAGCAAAAUUGCUUAAACAUGAAAUUAACCAUUCCAAAGAAUACCCAUUUAGAUGUACAAUGUGCGAAAAGCGCUUUAGAAUUAGGUCUAAUUGCGAUAGGCACAUCAGCUCACACAAAGGAGAGCGGAAUCAUACAUGUCCAGUUUGCAAAAAAUCCUUUACAACGAAAGCGAACUGUCAAAGACAUAUGGAAAAUCAUAAAGAAGCUGCUGGACCAGGAAAUGGCUAUUGUCAUUCUGCAGCACAUUCUAAUCUUAUAGAGGAGAAAGAUGGAAUAAAAAUUAAAGAUGAACAUGGUGCACCACCUAAAGUCAUCAAAACUAAAAAGAUUGAUAGAGAGUGUAUGAUAGACAUUGCUGCAUUAGAAGAAGACAAUAAAAAGGAAAACACUUAUGAGUCGAGAAAUUUUAAUUCUAAACGUACAUUGGAUGGUAGUAAUUCAGAUAAUAAAGUCCAAAGGAAAAGACACAAACUUUUUUUGGAUAAAGAAAAGAAACUUUUGACAAUAACUGAUUGUUUAUAUUCAGAUAAAGAUGCAAACAUUAAUUCUACCAAACUUGUCUCGGAUAAAGAUUACACAAACAAAAGUUCAUUAAAAAAUAUUAUAUCAAAUGACAAUGAAACUGAAAUUGAUUUGCCUGCAUUGGCAAGUCCAAGAAAAAGAUUUCAAAAGAGUUCAAGAAAACUUUUAACACAAAGUGAGAACAAUAUACUUCCAGGUUCAAAGAAGAACAACGGAAAUAGAAAUAAAGAACAUGGUGGUGACAAUUUCGGAUCUUGUUCUGCGACAAUUGAUAUGCUUAGUAAAGGCCCCUUAGAUCUGGAAAAUGGGAUGGAUGUACCACGACUAGACGAUUUUGAAUUCAAUUUGAACAAUGCAAAAGAAUUUACUUCUAAAAACAGUGCAUUCGAAAUUGUGGUUGACAAGGAAGGUAAACGUAAUAAAAACUAUCAAAGUGUGUCCAAACGAAAUACAUCAGGAGAUGCACUUGACGGCAACCAACUCGAUAAAACUCCAGGCAUCUCUAAGUACUUCUACGGAAAUGAUGCACAAGCCGAAGGUGGGAAUUUUGAUGCAAAUGAAUUUUCUAUAAGCAACGACCUAAUUUUAACAUCAUCUGUACAACAUUUUAAUGGCAGUAACUCUUCAGAAAAACAAAAAGCAGAACAAAAGCAAACACCUGAAUAUAGUUCGAUUUCAGUAGAUAAUUCUGAUAUGAAAAUAUUAAGUGAUUCUUUUCCAGUUCCUUCAAAAUUUAACAAACCUGAUAUUAUCUACACUAGGAUUUUAUCUACGACACAAACAGAAGGUAUAGACAGUAUAUUCGAAAAUAAAUUUGAGGCAAAAACUAUAAAAAGAAAAACAGAAAAAGAAAAACAACAGAAAGACGGAAUUGGAAAGGAAAAUAAUAAAGUUACAAGUAACAAUGUUCGUCAAUCAUCAUUUCCAGGGUCCUUUCCGAAGAAAAUUGAACAACCUGUAAGGACGCAAUUCUGGGAUCAUAACAACUUAAUUCGAAAGAUCCUGGUUUGGAAUCCUGUCUGGUUUGAUGAGUAUGAGAAGUUGAGGACAACUCCGCCAGAUAUCUCGAAAGACGUUAACCACUUCUUGACAGCAUAUGAAAGUCGAAAGGAUUACUUUAAAACAGUAUUGCCUCAUCUGCUUUUAGAAACAUGGGAAUCAUGUAUUCAAGAAUGGCAUAUCCUGAAAGGAAAAAGACCUGUUACAAAAUGUGUGUUUUGUAAUCGAAAUGAUACCGACAUCAGCAUAUUUUCCAAUGCAUAUUUCACAGUAAAAGAUCACAGCUUUAACAAAGACGACGUUCUUAUACUGCGAUCAUCAACAGGUGACGGUAGAUAUAAAGCUUCAAUGUGUUAUAUAGAGGAUAUAACUUACAAACUGUCAAACAGCAUAAAAAGCAUACCAACUUACUGUCAUGCAGAUACUCAAGGGUCUUCAGCAGAAAAAUGCAAUACAGUAUUAAAACUUCAAUUAAAGUCUAGUCAUUUUGAAAUGUUUCCUAGUAGCAAAAAAUGUGAAUCCACUCUAGAGUUCGUUCAUUCUCUGAGGGAUGUCCUUUCAAUAUAUAAUGGUUUGGCAACAUCGUUUGAGACACAAUUGAUCCGUCAUGUGUUGAAACCAGGCAACAUUGAUAUUUUCAAAAGUAUUUCUACUGAACACAAAGAAAGGGACUUGAAUGUGCUUGUGAAUGAGAACGAUUAUAACGCUAUACAGAGAACAGCAAUAUUAAAUGCAGCAGAUUUGAUUUUGGAAAGAAAUAUAAGUAAUCGUGUCUGUCUCAUUCGAGGACCUUUUGGGACCGGGAAAACGGAUAUCCUUAUUGGUAUCAUAAAGGCAGUAUUUCAGCGAAGUGGUGGCAAAUGCUGCAUUGCCCUUUGUGCUCCAUCACAAGUAGCAGUUGAAAAUCACAUGAAAAGGUUGAUUAGGGAAAGACAGAAAAUGCAAUUGAAAAAAACUGGUUUAUUACUCAUUGGAGAUGAUAGUAACUACCAUCCGGAUGUUCAGGCGUACUCACAUAAGACACAUGUACAAAACGAAAAAGAACAUUUUAAGAGAACAACUGCGACAUCUAGUGUUGUGAAUGAAAUUCAGCGUUUAAAUGUAAAGAUUUCCAUUAUUGAAGAAACGGAGCAUAGUACAGAAUCAAAUAAGAAGGAAAUGAAUACACUUUUAAAGAAACGAAAUGAAUUGACUAGUCAGAUAAGUGAAGAGAGACUUGAAAAAGAUGUCUUGUUAAGAGGAAAAGUGAUAUGUGGAACUUUCCGAUCUUUUGGAGAACAGUUGUACCUUAAUGUAUUGUCGUCUGUUAAGAACAAUUGCAGGAAAUCGAUUUUUACCUGUAUGCUCAUGGAUGAGGCCCAACAAGCAUCAGAGUUGGAAACCCUCCUACCUCUACAAUACGGACCAAAUAAACUUAUCAUGGCUGGCGAUCUAGAACAACUUGCACCGACAGUAAAAUCCGAGCUAUCUAGAGACAAAAGUUUUGACCAAUCUCUUUUCGAAAGAUUGUGUGAUCACUUCAGAUUUCAUGGAGAUAAAAACACUGUUUUGGUAUUGAAAACCCAAUAUAGGAGUCACCCAGAAAUUGCAAAGUUUCCAAGUGAAAUGUUUUAUGGUCGACACUUAGAUACACACAGGUAUUUGAAAGAGAGGUCAGAAACAUUCAACCUAAAGCCUUAUAUUGUCUUUAGUAUAGAAAGAGAACAAACAGUUACUGCAGUAGAUAUAACCAUAUCAUUAUGUGAGUUCCUGUACUCCUUCGUGCUACAAAAUACUAGACUUAACCAUAAAGACUUUGGAAUAAUUACAGCAUUUGAUCAAAUAAGCAAAAUCAAAGAAGGCUUUGCUAACAGCAAACUUGUAGACGCGGACGUGGAAGUGGACACCGUAACUGGUUUUCAGGGUCGUUCAAAAGAAAUCAUUAUUUUAUCUUGCACAGGGAGUAGCACUGAGAAAAAUGGAUUUCUGACUUGUCACAAGGAAUUGAAUGUUGCUUUAACAAGAGCUAGGAGUGCAUUGUACAUUGUUGGAAAUCUUGAUACGCUAUCUGAGGAAAACGAGGCAUUGCAGAAAUUGGUAGCAGAUGCCAAAGACAGAAAAGUUUUACGGAUAGUAAAAGAAGACUAUGUUUCGAAGGAUAUUUUUCGUGCAUGCCUAUCUGCAAAAGCCAGACUAGGACGAUGACUUUAUUUCAUAAACUUACCUAACAACAAAAUUAUUUUCAUUUACCUGUGUUUAAAGUAAUUGCAAAUGGCUGAUAUUUUUGUUCAAGCAUAUUGUUUUUCUUAAAUUGUUUAACAUUUCACAGCGGUAUAACAUGUUACUUUAAUUAUUCUUCCCUAGCUUAGUUUAUUUAUUUUGUAUUUACAUUGUAUCAUAGAUCAAAUUUAUUUGUUCAGUGUAUGUUCACUGGUGGUAAUAUUUCUUUUGAUUGAGUUAAGCCAUUUCAAUUGAGUUGUCUCAUUGGCACUCAUACCACAUCUUCUUAUAUCUAUUUAACUACUGUAUACUAUAUUUCAAAUAUGUGCCACUAAACAGAAGCAUUUCCUCCAAAAAAAAAUUAGAAAUUUAACACAUUUCAAAGUUAUACCCCUUUUUAUAUGAAUUCGCUUUUUCAUUCCAUUCAAAAUUGAAAUGAGUACUUGUGGUAUAUUACAACAUCUUAUAACAUUUCACAGUAUGUUGCCACUGAAACAAAAUCAUGACCUCUCAGUUACUACAGGCGGGUGAUCUGUGAUUCCAUCUCUCGUUAUUAUUGUUUGUUUGUUUUCUGUUGUCUGUAAACUUGUUUUGUGGUAUAAAUGCUUUUUUAUGGAGUGAUCUUCAUCCUAUUUUUCAUAUUACUGUAGCUUUUGUUAUUCUACAGCGACGCAAAGAGACCUGUUUUAUAUGAUCUCUUUAUAUGUUAUAUCAAUCUUAUUCAAUGAAGUUCUAUGUAAAUAAUUGUUGGAAGAACCUUCAUUUGAUAUCAUCUUUUAUAUAGUGUACAUAGUGUAAAGUUUGUACUACUUUCUGAUUCGACAUGAUUUCUACUUUAGUAAGUAAAACAAUCCCAAUAGCAA